CACAGGUUUCGCAGAACGAUCGCGCGCAUCGAAUUGAGCCUGUGUUUUUUUUAACUCAGUUUACCCUACAUUUACCUUGCAACAUCACAAUGCCUAAGUCAAAGGAAGUGUUGUCUUCUUCUUCAGACAGCGACUCUGACAGUGAAGUUGACACAAAGGCCAAGAGAAAGAAGCAGGCAACACCAGAGAAGCCGUCAAAGAAACAAAAAAGUGGAGAAACUUCAAAAGUGUCAUCAGCCUCGAAAAGCAGCAGCAGUGAAAAAGAUAACAUGUUCCAGAUAGGAAAGAUGAGGUAUGUGAGUGUUCGGGAUUUCAAGGGAAAAGUGCUGAUUGAUAUCCGGGAGUACUGGAUGGACCAGGAAGGUGAAAUGAAACCAGGCAGGAAAGGUAUUUCCCUGAACCCAGAGCAGUGGAACCAACUGAAAGAGCAGAUAAGUGAGAUUGACGACGCCGUGAAGAAAAUCUAAGACCUGCCUGCAGUUCACUGUCAACAUGGAUGCUUUUUUAAACCGAUUUUCACUCUACAGUUCUGUAUCUGCUGCCCUCCAAAGCCCAAACACAGUAUCUAAACCUUCCUGAAUCCGUCAAGGGACAGGUCAUAGUCUAGAGACCUGAUUUUAGUUAUGAAUUUGAAGUAACACUUAAUGUGUAAUUACUAUGUUUUUGCCCUUUGUAGAGUGACAUGUUUCACAAGGAAAGUGUGGGGACCAGGACACUUUGUAUGUAUAUUUUAGAUUAGGUGUUUUUGAAGUAGUAGUUCAUUGUAUUUUUCUUUCUUUCUUUGAGUAUCGUGGCUGGGGUUUUCAAAGGGUUUUGCUAGAGAGAUAGGGUGUUAAUUUGUGCCCUUCAUUUUCAAUAAAGAUGAGGAAAAUUC